UGAUAAAGUAAAUAAAUGAGAAUGGCUUUCAAUUUGUGCCGGAGAACGUUUUCAACGUUUUCAACGAUUAAAAAAUGCUCUGUGUUAUUCAAAGCCCAGCCCGUGCUCAAAAGUCAAGCUGCAGUCACCAGUAAACUGAUACCAAACACAAAUCUAAUCUUGCAAACUGGAUUCGCAACUGAAGAGCGACCGCGAUUGGGAUUGCGCAAACAGAAUUUGCCUCCAUUCCCAUACAUUGAAUGUGUCAGAGAAUUGGUUGUCGAAACUUUUUUGCCAUCACGGUAUAAAAUCGUUAAAUACGGCGACUAUGAAUUCCUUGAAUCAGACGAUGGAUACGUGAAUGUUUACGUUCAAGGUUACCAACAUCCAAGAAAUCUUGAUGCUAAAGCAGGAUAUGCCGUUUACUUCCUCGAGAACCAUCCACUAAAUUCGUACGGAAAAGUGGAGCGUCGACAAAAAUUAAACCAUGCCAAACUGUAUAGCUUUUUAAUGGCCAUGCAACGAAUCCCAAAAGGUCUAUUCACAAAGGUGUGCAUUUGCGUUGACGAGAUUCCACUCAUCACAUUCAUCGACCGGUCGUUGCGAAAUAUGAGCGAGAAUUCGUUUCGCAGCGUUCACACCGGCAAAUUGAACAAGGAUCUAGAGACGAGUAUGGGCGUCAACAAAGAGAUUCGAAUGCGACAAGAUUUGACACUUCGACUGAAAUAUGUGCCCAACGAUAUCGGCGUGGAUGGCAUGUACAGAGCAACAAAAUUGGCAACCAAAGCAGCACAGGAUGCAACACAAGAGAGUAGGCUACAACAAAUUGAAACGAAGUACGAACGAGAUGAAAACAAUUAAUUGGGUUUAAAUUGAAUCGAGGACAUAUAUAUGUUGAUUGAAUUGGAAAAGGACGGAUAUAAAUAUAUGUAUUCAUGAAUUUAGAAUAAAUGAAAUACGAAAAUUUUACAA